UUACAAUAGCGUUACAAAAGGAUAUCAUUUUGUAUUUAUUGAGGCAUACCAAAAAAAAGCCAACAGACGUUUGUGAUAGGUCUACAGAAGUCAAUUAGGAUGUAGCUCACUUGUUCUUGACUGGGUACAUGAAGGACUUGCUGUUGGAAUCUUGGAGAGUAAGCCAAGGUUGAUUUUUAAAGAUGGGUUCGGAUGUGUCGACUGAGGCAGAGCCCUCGAAUAAAACAUACACAGGAAAAAGAGAUCCAGGCCGAAGGAAUUCACAUCGAGUUCUUGUCGAGAAGGAUAGUUUAAGAUUCAAGAGAAGACUCACUCUUUUAGAGAAUAAAUACGAGCUGGAUGCAUCAACUACAACCAGUCAGCCCACAACGUCCACCAACGGCUUUCAUCCUGAUGCCCUAACAAGUAUUUCUGAAGACGAUGAUGUCUAUUUCCCCUAUGAAAAUCUCGUGCUGGAAGGCGGUGGAAGCCAGGGAAAUGCAUACAUUGGCGCCAUAAUGGAAAUGGAGCGACUCAACGUCUUGGAUAAGAUACGACGUUUCGCAGGUUCCAGCAUAGGAUCUUUGACGGCGUGUUACCUUGCUUUGGGCUAUGGGUCUAGCAAAUUGCUGUCUAUUUUGAACGAUGGUCCUCAUUUCGACGAUCUCUUAGAUGCAACUUGUGGAAAAUUAAGCCUGUUGCCAAACCUGUAUCGUUACAUGGGCUGGCAUCCGGGAAGAUAUUUCUACACUGUGCUUGGUGAGGAUAUUGCUGAAAAGCUCGGAGACAAGAAUGCCACAUUCAAAGACCUUUACGAUCAGAAUGGGAAAGAAUUAUGUGUAGUGGUGACCAAUCUAAGUACGAUGAUGGAGGAGUACUGCCACGUCAAGACCACUCCGAACAUACCCAUAAGAUCAGCUGUAAGAAUGUCGAUAUCUGCUCCAUUUGUAUUUGUUCCCGUCGAGCGGCAUCAUAUGGGCCGAACAGAUCUCUACAUCGACGGUGGUGUUUUGUGUAACUAUCCAGUUCAUUGUUUUGAUGGAUGGUGGCUUUCUAUGAAACCCGAAGACUCUCUCUUAAAGAGAAUGCAACCCCUGGAGGAUGCAGCCAAGCUUCUCACCAAGAAAGAAAGAUUCGGAAUAUUCAACGACAAGACAUUGGGAAUGAUUAUAUACAGUGAUUAUGAUUCCCACGUACUUGCAACCAAUCCCGACCUAGAAGCACCAGUAGCACCUAUACCAGACACAAAACUUGCCAGAGCACACCAAAAAGUGAAAAUGAAGAGAGAAUUGAAUUGUAAACAGCAUCGUCUCGUGACAGACGCAAUGACGAGAUUUCUCAAAGUUCUGGAUCAGAACUGUUUAGAAGGCACCACAAUUAAUAAGAACGAAUUCCUGCAAGCCUUCAAUGAUAAUGAGGAGUUCACAUCGGAUCACGCGAGUAUUCUCUUCGGUGAAGACCUCACUGUCCAGGAAAUAUUCAGCAGUAUUGAUGCCAAUUCUGAUGGGAGGUUUAUCGAUUUCAAUGAGCUGAUGUCUUUAGCUGAGCAGGAAGGCGUAGGUAUCCAAACCCACCACAUUGGAACAGGACAUCAAGAGCUCGAGAACACGACUGAGUAUCUCGCUGGUAUCUUCAAAAUGCUUCUCAUGAAUGUAAAAAGAGCUUUCCUAGAGGGCAAUGAUAUUGAAAGAACGGUUCUUAUCAACACCGUAUAUGUCAAAUCCUUAGACUUCAGCCCAGAGAAGGAAGACUUGGACUUUCUAGUAGAGCAAGGGCGUCGUGGACUCCAGACUUUCCUCAAGUAUCAGAAGAACAAAGGUACAAGGCUGUGAAGGGAAAUA